GAAUAUUGAUGGCCCAUGCAAGCCCACAAAGAAGAGCGACUGUUACUUUUUAAGCUCUAAAGCGAUUCCGCCGGCGCCUCCCUUCCCUUCCCUUGAGUCGCUUUCCGUCAAGACAUGGGAAAAGCUUCUCGGGAUAAAAGGGAUAUAUACUAUCGGAAAGCGAAAGAAGAAGGAUGGCGUGCCAGAAGUGCCUUUAAGCUUCUUCAGAUUGAUGAGGAAUUCAACAUUUUUCAAGGAGUGAAGAGGGUUGUAGAUUUAUGUGCUGCACCUGGUAGCUGGAGUCAGGUUCUCAGUCGUCAACUGUAUCUUCCUGCAAAGUAUUCAGCUGAGUCAAAAGAAGAAGAUCUUCCUCUUAUAGUGGCCAUUGAUUUGCAGCCUAUGGCUCCAAUCGAAGGUGUAAUCCAAGUUCAAGGGGACAUAACUAAUGCUCGGACUGCUGAAGUGGUCAUUAGACAUUUUGACGGUUGCAAGGCUGAUCUGGUUGUCUGUGAUGGUGCUCCAGAUGUUACCGGUUUGCAUGACAUGGAUGAAUUUGUCCAGUCCCAACUCAUACUGGCGGGCUUAACGAUUGUAACCCAUAUUCUUAAAGAAGGUGGAAAAUUUAUUGCAAAAAUAUUCCGUGGAAAAGACACAAGUCUCUUGUACUGUCAGCUGAAGUUGUUUUUUCCAACUGUGACUUUUGCGAAACCUAAAAGCAGCCGCAAUUCUAGUAUAGAGGCAUUUGCUGUCUGCGAAAAUUACUCCCCACCAGAAGGAUUUAACCCGAGAGAUCUGCAUCGUCUCUUGGAGAAAGUCGGAAGCCCUUCAGGUGGAAGCGAUCUCGAUUGCAGCAGUGGUUGGCUUGAAGGACCCAACAAAGUUUAUAUUCCAUUCUUGGCAUGUGGUGACCUAAGCGGUUAUGACUCGGACCGGUCGUACCCACUCCCAAAAGAGGCAGAUGGAUCGUCAUACCGGAGUCUGGACCCGAUUCAGCCUCCGAUUGCACCGCCUUAUAAACGAGCUAUUGAGCUCAAGAAAUCUUCAGCACAAAGCUUCAACUCUUAAAGCUAGGCUGGAACCAAAGACAAAGAAAGAAGCUUUUCAUUCGAUUCUUAAAAGGAUGUAGUACAAUUUCUGAAACACGCUUAUUGUUGGUUUGUUAUGAAAAAUUUAUGAUGCUCUGUUCUUGUUUUGCCAAGAGUUUAAUCCCCUUCUUAAUUAAUAAGAAGUAUUUUUAAAUAAUAA